CAAAACAAAACAAAACACAAAUUAAAGCAGCUGCUGAUUUUAUUGUUAAUUUAUAGGUUUAAAACCAUUAAUUAUAUUUCUCAGGAGUCACCAUGGGCUUCCUCACAGUAUUAAAAAAGAUGCGACAGAAGGAGAAGGAGAUGCGCAUUCUGCUGCUCGGCUUGGACAAUGCCGGAAAGACAACCAUUCUGAAGCGCUUCAAUGGCGAGUCCAUAGACACAAUCUCGCCCACUCUGGGCUUCAACAUCAAGACCCUGGAGCACAAUGGCUACACCCUGAACAUGUGGGAUGUGGGCGGUCAGCGCUCGCUGCGCUCCUACUGGCGCAACUACUUUGAGUGCACAGAUGGCCUGGUGUGGGUGGUGGACAGUGCGGAUAGGAUGCGGCUGGACUCGUGCCGGCAGGAGCUGGAGGUGCUGCUCGAGGAGGAGCGCCUGGCCGGAGCCACACUACUGGUGCUGUGCAACAAGCAGGAUCUGCCCGGGGCACUCAACUCGAAUGAAAUCAAAGAGAUACUUCAUUUGGAUGACAUCACCACCCACCACUGGCUGGUGGUUGGCGUGAGCGCUGUGACUGGGGAGAAGCUGCUUAGCUCCAUGGACUGGCUCAUUGGGGACAUUGCCAAGCGAAUAUUCACAUUGGAUUAAAGCGGAAUCGUAUUACUUUUCCACCAAAAACAA